ACAGUUGAAUUAAGAACGGAGUAGACGAAGAGCGGCAAAGCCGGCCUGUGAUUUCGAAACGCCAUCAAAAUAGAAAUAUACCCACGAACAUGUUCCUUCGAUUUCUCAUAUACUCGUGUUUUGUCUUCUCUUAAGUCCACGCUCCACAGACGACCCUUUGUUUCUCUCUCUUCAGAACCUUUGAUCGCGAUGAAGAACAGAGGGAGGAACAAGUUGUUCAUGUGUUUCAGACCGGUCGCCCUCGAAGAAGAUGAUUUGGUGAAUCCAAACCGUAAAGGCGGCUCAGAGGGUCCGGUUCUGACGUAUAUAGCGGUCGGAGGAGGGAACAGAGAGGGGGUUGUGAUUCCGAAGAUUUUGACUUCUAUGUCUGAAGAGAAGUUGGAGGAAUCGGCGGACGGAUAUGUCGGCGGUGACGGACAUCGUCGUACGAAGAAAAGGUUUCACCGGAGUCUUUCUCGCGUGCUUAAAGCCGUACUGUUCGACACAUCGUUGGCUACGGAGGUUCGCAACAAAAAGUUGAGGAAAAACUCAUUUCGAUCCAACAGCAACCUAUCUUCAAAGAUGGAGAAGGUUUCAAACUCAAUAAACAAAAACCCAUCGUCUAAAGAAUCGUCACGGUCCGACGAAUUGCUUGGAGUGGAUUCAAUCCUUUCUUCUUCUCUGUAUUCAUCAUCUACAAUACCUUCAUCUUCAUUGUCAUCUUGGUGUUCUUCUUCCAUAACUUCGAAUUCAAGGCCCUUCUCAGAAAUCAAAGGAUCGUCCCGAGCAAAUUCAGUUGAUUUGAAACAAGGGUAUAAACAAUCUUCAACUACCAAAAACGCCAGAGGUGGCUAUUACAGUUCAAGUAUUGGACUGUGUUGGCUUCUUGUAUGCUUGUUGGUUUUGAUUUUCUGGGGAAAGAUUUGUGCUAUAAUUUGUACAUCAAUAUCGCUUUUCUUGGCUCCCCAGCGGAGCGGUGGCGUUCACUUGCCGGCAAAUGAAAUUGACUUGCCGGACAUCGACUCAGAGGAGCACAAGAAGAAGGUCAUCAUGGAAGGACUUUUGAAGAGAAACCGUAACCGGGUUCGAUAGCAAUAACUCUGCUGUUUUUGUUUCCUUCUCCACAUUGUUUAAAGGGAGCAAAUCAAAUUUUCCCCUUGUUGUUUACUGUAGUUUUUCCUCUUGCAACUAUAAGUUGUACAAACGUGUUUCUCAGUUGCACCACAUUUGAGUUGGAUUUGUUAUUGUUACUAUUUACUUUUAAUACAUUUAAUGUGUA